UGCGGUUUUGGUCUGAGACUUGAGUUUACCUCUUUGACUAGAAUUGGCAUGUAAGAUACGGAUCUAUUACGGUCCGCCAUGAUGAAAGCGUCUUUUCUUUUUCUUUUUCUUCUUUUGUCCUGUAAAUCGGUCAAGAACUUGAGUCGAGGUGGCAAGGUGGCAUGGCGGCAAGGCAACAUACGAAAAGGAGAUGGUCCGCACAAUACUCGGGAUCCUCCUACCGGUCGAAGAAAGUCCACCAAUCACCACGCAGGAUUCCACGUCCAAUUCAACUUCUUCGCAACGGUCUCGGGUCUCCAGAUUCUCUUCAACGCCACAAACACAAAACUUCACCAUCCUUCCAACGAUACAAGACAAACGGAGGGCCUAUGCUCCGCCUUGGCUCCUCGGAGUUUGGUUCAUCAGAGCUUGGGGUGGGCAGUGAUACCAAGACCAGAAGAGGAGAGGCCGCAGAGGCGGUAAGCAACCACUUCCUCUGUUCCCUCACAGGAACAGGGCUGCAAGAUGGCCAGAUUCCUGAAGCCCGCUGCUUAACGAACGGUCUGAUGACAAAAGUCGAGAGAUGUGACGAUGAAUCAGUCGUUUCUCGUUGGACGAACCAAACAAAAAUAGGCGGCAAACCCUGCAUUAUGACCAUGGAUACCAAUAUUAGAAACCGCAUCUCACGAGUUACAACUUACAUUACAGCCUCGCAUGACCCUUGAACUUCGCCCAAAGUUGGAACUUGGCGUCGCCCCUUUCCUGUCAAGACACACGCCGCUCGGACGUCCCGCGACUCCCGCCUACUCCCAAAGCGG